UUCAGGUCCAGGAGCAACAUGGCGCCGUCCGUGAGGGCUAGUUAUGGGAAAAGAUAGUGGUUGGUGUUGUUUUCUUUCGGUAUAUUGACAGACUGGAGCUUUUCGCGACCACCCGACUCAAGGAAGGGUGAUAGGGGGAUAACUGUAGAGAUCGCCCAUCUUCUUUCAUCCAGAAUAAGGAGCAGUGUCCUGACCACUAACCAGCAUGAGCAACAUCUACAUUCAGGAGCCUCCCACAAACGGGAAGGUUUUAUUGAAAACUACAGCUGGAGAUAUUGAUAUAGAGUUGUGGUCAAAAGAAGCUCCUAAAGCUUGCAGAAAUUUCAUUCAGCUUUGUUUAGAAGCAUAUUAUGACAAGACCGUUUUUCAUAGAGUAGUGCCUGGUUUUAUAGUCCAAGGGGGAGAUCCUACUGGCACAGGAACUGGUGGAGAGUCUAUCUAUGGAGCCCCAUUCAAGGAUGAAUUCCACUCACGGUUGCGUUUUAAUCGGAGAGGACUGGUUGCCAUGGCAAAUGCUGGUCCUCAUGAUAAUGGCAGCCAGUUUUUCUUUACACUGGGUCGAGCAGAUGAACUUAACAAUAAGCACACCAUCUUUGGAAAGGUUACGGGGGACACAAUAUAUAACAUGCUGCGACUGGCAGAAGUAGACACCGAUGAUGAAGAAAGACCACUUAAUCCACACAAAAUAAAAAGUUGUGAGGUUUUGUUUAAUCCUUUUGAUGACAUCAUUCCAAGAGAAAUAAAAAAGCCAAAAAAAGAGAAACCGGAGGAGAAAGUGAAGGAAUUGAAACCCAAAGGCACAAAAAAUUUUAGUUUACUUUCAUUUGGAGAGGAAGCUGAGGAAGAAGAGGAGGAAGUAAAUCGAGUCAGUCAGAGCAUGAAGGGGAAAAGCAAAAGCAGUCAUGACUUGCUGAAGGAUGACCCACAUCUCAGUUCUGUUCCAGUUGUUGAAAGUGAAAAAGGUGAUGCAGCAGAUUUAGAUGAUGAUGGAGAAUUUGAAGAUGCAGAGCAUGAUGAAAAUAUUGAUGGUGAUGAAAAGAGCCUGAUGAGAGAAAGAGUUGCAAAAAAGUUAAAAAAGGACCCAAGUGCAAGUGUUAAAUCAGCUGGAGAAGGAGAAGAGAAGAAAUUGGGUAGCCGCAGUGAAGAGCUCAGAAAAGAAGCAAGACAAUUAAAGCGGGAACUCUUAGCAGCAAAACAAAAAAAAGUAGAAAAUGCGUCAAAACAAGCAGAAAAACAAAGUGAAGAGGAAGACACUGCUGUGGGUGGUGCUGUUGCAGAAUACAGAAGAGAAAAGCAAAAGUAUGAAGCUUUGAGGAAGCAGCAGCCAAAGAAGGGAACUUCCCGGGAAGACCAGACCCUUGCGCUGCUGAACCAGUUUAGAUCAAAACUCACGCAAGCAAUUGCUGAAACUCCUGAAAGUAACAUUUCUGAAGUGGAAGUAGAAGACGAUGAAGGAUGGAUGUCACAUGUACUUCAGUUUGAGGAUAAAAGCAGAAAGGUGAAAGAUGCAAGCAUGCAAGACUCAGACACGUUUGAAAUCUAUGAUCCUCGGAAUCCAGUGAAUAAAAGAAGAAGGGAGGAAAGCAAAAAGCUGAUGAGAGAGAAAAAAGAAAGAAGAUAGAACUGACAGCACUGGUAGCCGGCACUCGUUGAAAGUGUGCCUGCAGUAAAUGGCCUGAUACCAGCCCUUGUUCCCAGAGGUAUCGCUACAGGCAUGGAAAGCAGUAUUUUUGAACCUGUUGUCCGGUUUUGAAAAUCGACUGUCUUGUUAUGUAAAUUGGGGACUGACAUAAACAAAUGCUUUUGGUUACUGGUACAGUUUUAUUCCUUAUUUACCUUUUCUAUUGCCAAAUGUGAAAUAAAAUGCACUUUCCUUCCA